GGCUGCCCACUGCCAUACUUCCCACGGUACCGCGAGAAGCCGGCAGUGUAAAGUAAUCCAGGUCUGCAAAUUUGGUCUUCGCUGCCCAUAGCACCAAGCUCUGCUGAAGCUCAAAUUACACACGCGACGCGAGCUACAGUUACUGUAGAUCGGGCGUCAGAUAUUGCUGCUGAACAUCAACCACCUACCGCUCAGAGAAACGCCUGUUCGCAUCGAGUGACGGAUUCCUCAGCGUCGAGCACGAGAUUGAUAUCCAAGUAGCCGGAGCCAGCGGGCAUUUACGGAAUGUCGAGGCUACCGCCAGAGCUUCUGAUCCACGUCAUUGACGCCCUGCGCGACUGCUCAUCCUUCCCGGACCAGAUCAGACGUCGUACUCUACGGUCUCUCUGCCUGACGUCCCACUUCCUUCGCGAACUCGCCAUCCCGCUGCUCUACUCGAGCAUACGCAUCACCUUGCCCGGCAGAUUUGAAGAACUAUCUCGAUCACCCUACGUCCCGGAGCACCUCACGAGCAUCUCCGUAGCAGAUCAUAACACAUGGGGCCCUCGUUUCCUCGGCUAUAUCCCCCUCGUGUGCUCGGUCCUGGAGCACGCGAGACAUAAGCUGCACACGGUCAUCUUAGAUCUGCCACUGCGCGCGGUCAUGCCGGAGGACGACGUAGAAAACGUCAAGCAACAACUUCGCCACACCCUCGAAAGCCUCCCCGCCCUGACGACGCUCGUCAGCUGCCGUGACGAGCUCUUCCUGCGUACGGAGCGCGAACUCCAGGGGUUCGGAAUGAUUCCAGGUAACUGGAUGACGAUGACCCAACUUCGUCGAUUGUCGCUGUACAAUCCCGACGUUGAUCAAGAGUUCACCGACGCCUGCCUGUCCCUCCCACAUCUGGAAGCAGUGGUGGUCCAUAACGCCGAUAUGCCCGGGGCCGACGCCGGACCUUUGACCGCGUUAGUGACGGCGAAUAAUCCGGCUGGAUUGCCUCUUACUGUCACCUACAUAUGUGAUUAUCCGGAGGUACUGGCGAGGGACGACCUAUCUUACGUCCAUGAGCUGGCUAAGAGGCAUCCCAAUUUCCGCGUCAUAGGGACGCCGAAGGAGGUUCUGGAUCAUGAACGCAAUACAACACAAGAUUGGAUCAGAGGUUUAGCAGAGACGGGGAUGCUUUCGCAGCUGCAGACCGAGCCGAGAAUAGACGCAGCUUGA